AUGCCAUUGGCAAGCGCCUUAGUAGUUUCCUGCAGGCGAAGCACCAGUCAAUAUUGCACAAGGCUUCAGCAGGCACAGGCAGCCCUGGCGCCAGAGGGAGCGCUGCAGCAGGACAAGGAGGUGGUGCAGCUGUACAGGUCCCCUGGCCUGUCAGCCUCAGCCACCAAGACGCUCAUACGCAAGGUGCAGCAGAAGGUGUCAUCUGACAUCGAGAGCAUUGACACUGAGCUGUGCUUCAAUGUGGCCCUCAAGGAGCCAUUGACAGAGGAUCAGGCUGCCACGCUCACCUGGCUGUUGCGGGAGACCUAUGAGCCGGAGCUGCUCACACCGGACAGCAGGCUGCAGGAGGGGAAUGGCACAGUCUUGGAGGUGGGGCCAAGGAUGAGCUUCCAGUCUGCCUGGUCGACCAAUGCGGUGUCCAUCUGCCGCUCCUGUGGACUGAACGCAGUUUCCCGCCUGGAGGUCUCACGGCGCUACCUGCUGCGCUCGCGCUCAUCCCUCAGCCCCGACACGCUCGCCGCCUUCUCUGCCCUGGUGCAUGACCGCAUGACGGAGCAGGUGUACCUCGAGCCGCUACGGUCCUUCACCACCUCGGUGACCCCGGGGCCCGUUUUCACAAUCCCUGUACUGGAGAAGGGGCGCGCGGCGCUGGAGGCGAUCAAUGAGGAGCUAGGUUUGGCCUUUGAUGAGCAGGACCUGGCCUACUACACACGCAUGUUCCAGGAAGAAAUGAAGCGCGACCCCACCAACGUCGAGCUUUUUGACAUCGCGCAGAGCAAUAGCGAGCACAGCCGGCACUGGUUCUUCGGGGCGCAGCUGGUGCUGGAUGGGCAGGCAGCGCCGGAGACAUUGAUGCAGAUGGUCAAGGCGACGCUGAAGGCCAACCCCAACAACUCCGUCAUCGGCUUCAAGGACAACUCCUCCGCCAUCCGGGGCGGUCCGGUGCAGCCGAUGCUGCCGCUGGCAUGCGGCGCUCCGAGCGCAUUGGCGCCCCAGGAGCGUGACUGGGACCUGCUCCUCACUGCCGAGACCCACAACUUCCCCUGCGCCGUCGCACCCUACCCAGGUGCGGAGACGGGGGCCGGUGGGCGUAUGCGCGACACUCACGCGACGGGGAUUGGCUCAAUCAUGGGCGCUGGCACGGCCGGCUACUGUGUGGGCAAUCUGAACAUAGAGGGAACUCCGCUGCCCGGCGAGGACCUCUCCUUUGAGUACCCCGAGAGCCUGGCAUCUCCCCUGCAGAUUCUAAUAGACGCUAGCAACGGCGCGUCGGACUACGGCAACAAGUUUGGCGAGCCGCUGAUUGCCGGCUACACGCGCACGUUUGGGCUGCGCAUGCCCUCGGGCGAGCGCCGCGAGUGGAUCAAGCCCAUCAUGUUCAGUGCGGGCCUGGGCCAGAUAGACCACUCGCACCUGCACAAGAACGACCCGGAGCUGGGCAUGCUCAUCGUGAAGAUUGGCGGCCCCGCCUACCGCAUCGGCAUGGGCGGCGGCGCGGCUUCCAGCGUUCCCUCCGGCUCCAACCGUGCUGACCUGGACUUCAACGCCGUGCAGAGGGGCGAUGCUGAGAUGGCGCAGAAAUUGUGGCGGGUUGUGCGCGCGUGCGUAGAGAUGGGCGGCCGCAACCCCAUCCAGCAGAUUCACGACCAGGGCGCCGGCGGCAACUGCAACGUGGUGAAGGAGAUCAUCUACCCGCUGGGCGCGACGAUCGACGUGCGCUCGAUAGCGCUGGGCGACGACACGAUGAGCGUGCUGGAGAUCUGGGGCGCCGAGUACCAGGAGAACGACUGCCUGCUCAUCAAGCCGGGCGACCGUGGCCUUCUUGAAGCAGUGGCAGCGCGCGAACGCUGUAUCCUGCAGAUUAUCGGCAGCAUCAGUGGCAGCGGCCGAAUCACACUGGUGGACAAGCAUGCGCCGCCAGACUCACCCACCCCUGUUGACUUGGAUCUGGAAAAGGUGUUGGGAGACAUGCCUCAGAAGACAUUUGAGUUCACCCGGCGGGCGGAGGCGACCCACCCGCUGGAUCUACCCAGCACGGCGACGCCUGAACAGGCGCUUGAUCGCGUUCUGCGCCUGCCGGCCGUCGCUUCCAAGCGCUUCCUCACCACCAAAGUCGAUCGCUGCGUCACAGGGCUGGUGGCGCAGCAGCAGUGCUGCGGACCGCUGCAGCUGCCGGUGGCAGACGUGGCGGUGAUGGCGCAGAGCCACCAGGGGCUUACAGGGGCCGCCACGUCCAUUGGAGAGCAGCCGCUCAAAGGCCUAAUCGACCCGGCUGCAAUGGCGCGCAUGGCACUCGGAGAAGCCGUGACUAACCUCAUCUGGGCCGCCGCCACCGGCCUCGCCGAUGUCAAGGCCUCCGUCAACUGGAUGUAUGCGGCCAAGAUGGAGCACGAGGGCGCGGCAAUGUACGACGCGGCCGCGGCGCUGCGCGAUGCCAUGAUCGAGCUUGGCCUUGCCUGCGACGGCGGCAAGGACUCCCUCUCUAUGGCUGCCGGCGCUGGGGGCGAGGUGGUAAAGGCGCCAGGGAAUCUGGUGAUCAGCGCGUACGUGGCCUGCCCAGACAUAACGCUGACGGUGACGCCUGACCUGAAGCUGCCGGGAAGCGGCCGGCUGCUUUGGGUGGACCUCUCCGGCGGCCGCAAGCGCCUGGGUGGAUCCGCCCUCGCUCAUGCAUACAGCCAGAUUGGCGACGAGGUGCCGGACGUGGCGCCGGCGGCGCUGAAGGGCGCGUGGGAGGCCACGCAGGAGCUGCUGCGCCAGCGGAAGAUCAGCGCCGGGCAUGACAUCAGCGACGGCGGUAUUGCCGUCGCGCUGCUGGAAAUGGGCUUCUCCGGCAAUGUCGGCCUCACGGUGGACCUGCCAAAGCCGGAGCAGGACAGCACAGGCGCGUUGGGAGCGCUGUUUGCAGAGGAGCUGGGCUUAGUGCUGGAGGUAGCUCCCGAGGACGAGGAGGCCGUGCAGGCGGCGUACGCGGCGCGCGGAUUGUCGGCCGUUGCCGUAGGGUCGGUGGCCGCCGACCGCGCCGUGUCGAUCAGCGUCGGGGGAGAGCCCAGCAUCUCCGGUGACGUGGCGGCGCUGCGGGACGUGUGGGAGGCGACAGGGUUCCGGCUGGAGAGGGAACAGGCGGCGGAGGAGACCGUGGAAGCCGAGCGCAGAGGACUCGCGGCGCGGGAGGCGCCUGCAUGGACGCUGCCCUACACGCCCACCUGGACGCCCGAAGAGGCCCUCAGCGCAGCCGACAAGCCACGCGUCGCCAUCCUCAGGGAGGAGGGGAGCAACGGGGAUCGCGAGAUGGCGGCGGCGGUGCACGCGGCAGGCAUGGAGCCGUGGGAUAUAACAAUGAGCGACCUGCUGGCCGGCCGCGCAUCUCUCGACAGCUUUGCCGGCAUUGUAUUUGUGGGUGGCUUCAGCUACGCGGACGUCCUAGACUCGGCCAAGGGAUGGGCCGGCACCAUCCGCCGCAACAGCCGCCUCUGGGCCCAGUUCCAAGCCUUCUACGACAGGCCGGACUCGUUCAGCCUGGGUGUGUGCAACGGGUGCCAGCUGAUGGCGCUGCUGGGGUGGAUCCCGGGGGGUGACCUGCCCGACACCCGCCAGCCGCGCUUUGUGCACAACGCCAGCGGCCGCUUUGAGUGCCGCUGGGCCACCGUGCGGAUCGAGCCAUCCCCCUCCAUCCUCCUCAAGGGCAUGGAGGGGUCCGUAGUGGGCAUCUGGUGCGCGCAUGGGGAGGGGCAGGCCAAAUUCCCAGACGACGCCGUGCGCGCCAGCGUGCUGCAGCAGGGGCUGGCCCCCAUCAGGUAUUGUGACGCGUCAGGGGCAACCACGGAGGCCUACCCUUUCAACCCCAACGGUUCACCCGACGGCAUUGCCGCGCUGACAUCACCGGACGGCCGCCACCUGGCGCUCAUGCCGCACCCGGAGCGCUGCUUCCUCACGUGGCAAAACCCCUGGUACCCCAAGGAUGUUGGCCUGCAGCCAGACGGGCCCAGCCCUUGGCUGAAACUCUUCCAGAAUGCUCGCGAAUGGUGCACAACAGCCAGGAAAUGA